AUGAGCGAGGACUCUUCGGUUUCAGUGGAUCAGACACAACCAAGAAAUGGUGGUCAAGGAAGGGGGAUGAAUCCAUUUGUGCAACCACCCAUUGCACGAAGAACCCUAAUCAUCCAGAAUCAAACCGACGUCGUCACUAUUCUAUCAGCUCUUUCUAGGACAAGUCGUCAAGGAUUCUACAUCAUGUCAGGGAGUGGAUACGUUUCACAAGCCACCGUGGUGUCGUUACCAUCCCGACUGAUAUUGACUGGCAUUGGUCGGCAAAUACUUUACAUGAGUGGUUGGUUCCAACCAAUGAUCUCAAUUACAGAUAGUCUUGUACUAGCUAGUCGUCGCAACGGAAUACUCCAUGUCUCCCUUUCCGGUCUUGGACAAAGCCUUGGCAUAGCACAACAUCUUAUUGCUGAUGGACCUGUUGAGGUGAAUGUUGUUUUCCUUUCCGGACCGGGGUCGGAAUAUCCACCCGAUGCACCAGCUCCUGGACCGAUAGCACGGAUUCGGCUGCAAGUUAACUAUGUAGAUGGAGCACAUGCAGCACCACAAGCACCUGUUGAAGAAUAG